AUGUUAUAAAAUUUUAAAGAAUAUUUUACCAUUUAUUAAGAACAUUUGAGAAACAAAGAUUAGUGGAGAUUGCUAAUGGUCUUCGUCUCUAUCUAUUAAAUGUGUGAUGUUAUUAUUGUAACAGGAGAUGCAGUUAAUGAAAAAAUUUAAGGCGACAAAUUCAUAAUGAUAUAUAGAAUCUUGACCCAAAUACUUUUGAUUGCGUUCUUCGAAGUACUACUAUUGAGAUUACUCAAAAUAAAAAAUGGAUUGAUAAAUCUAGUGACAUUGCUAAAAUUUAUAUGUGUAGUAAUUUGUUGGGAAGAGCUGGAUUAUUACACAGAGGAACAAUUAUUUCAUAGAAUACUGGAUAAAUUCCUAAUUCUGAUGUUCUUCGUUUUUGCAAUAGAAUCUUAAGUUUGUUAGACAUUGGCCAUAAUUUUCAAUUUGGUUUACACAUUGCUUCGAAACUUUGAGUUCAAUUCUAAAAUAAACACAAUAUUUGGGAUAAAGAUAAUUGUGAUUCAUGUGAUCCUUUAAUUCUUUAUGAUAACAGUCAAUAAAAAGAACAUUAGACCUAAUUCAAAUUCUUAACUAGUAGCUAUGGGAUCUAGCAAUAAAAUGAUAUAUACCCAAUUGAAUUCUUAGAGAUAAUCCAAUCCGAAUAUACCUGAAAAUCGGAAUAUCUCUCAACUACCACAAGAAUAAAAAUAAGAUGAUCAAUAAACAGAAUCGGUUCAAUAAGAUCAAAUAAAUGAAGCCAUACUCUCUUCAGCAGAACUUGGAAUCUACCUAGUGGAUAAUCUAACUCAAAGUGUGUAAGUAAUAAACCCACAGUUGUCCAAUAUUAUAAUGAAAGAAGAUCAGCUGAGCACUGAAUUUCUCGAGACUGAAUUGUACGAUUUCGGAUUGCUUCUUGAAGAACCUUGUUUAUUAUUGCCUAAAUUUCAUAGGAGUCAUGAUAUUGGACAGUUCCUAAUAUUCACUAAAACCUUGGAGUAUUUUCCAUCUAUUUUGGAGAAUAAUAUCUAGAGUGAACCUUCCCAAAUCAAGCGAUUGCAACUAUUAACCAAAAAAAUAUCCUUUAAAGCAUUCUUCGAUAAUCUAAUUGCUUACAAUCAUCUGAAAUACUCAAACUAUCGUUAACUUAUUGACUUUUCCCUCAAAGUAUACAUCAAAUUCGAUUCUUGCUAUAUGCAAGUUGUUCUAUCGCCAUUAAUCUAUAAACUUAAGCCUUAAAUUGCUAUCUUCGUUUCUGACAUUACAGAAGAUCCUUAUAUCACAUAAUUACUGAAUGCUACUAAAAACAAUGAUUUUAUGAUUAAUGAUAUUUCUCAAAAGAUUAAAUAACCCUUAAAUUGUACAAUAUCUAUGUUAGAAAUUAUAAUGAACACCACUCCACAUGAAAUAAGAGAAAAAUAUAUCAGUCCAGCACUUGCGGGUUGUAAAUUAUUAAUUAAUACUGCAAAUGACAUUCUUGAUUACGCUUAGCUCCAAAAGAAAGAUAAAUUAGACUUAGUUUAGAUGGAUGUUCAGAUAUAAGAAUUUGUGACUGAUAUCAUCAAUGUAGUAAAAUCUUAAGCCAUUUUCAGAGGAUUAAAAAUAUCCAUUAAUAUUAAACAGAAUGUUCCUUAAUUUAUUAGAACGGAUCCAAAUAGAUUAAGAUAAAUCUUAAUUAAUUUAUUAGUAACUUCAAUUUAAGCGACUGUUCGUGGCUCCAUUAUAUUUUGUGUUUCCAAAAGUUAACUGCUAAAUGAACAUGUAGACUUCAUUGUGAAAGUCAAGGCUAAUGAAACUAAUUUCUCAAUUCUUAAGAUUAUUGAGAGAACAGUGAGAUUCUUUAAAUCAUAAACUUUAAAGUCUAAGAUAUUAGAUCUUGGUCAUCUUAGACAGUAUUCAUAAUCAAUUUUGAUCUCAUUCUAUUUAACAAAAUGUCUAUCCCAAAUUCCAUUUGAAUAUAAUUAUGAGCGUGUUGAUAAUAAGGAGGAAUUUAGUUUUGUCAUUAAAAUAUAAAAUUUAUAUCCACAAUUUAAUCAAAAUUUGAAUUAAAAAAGAUUGUCGGAAUUCACAAAUUAGUAAAGUUUUUAUUAAUAGUAUCAAAAUAAAGGAGACUUAAAGAGAUAUUAAUCUUAGAUGUCAAGUUUACAAGCAGAAGAUCUCAAUAUCAAAGUGGAACUCAAAGAGGCUAAGCAAAAGCUGAAUAUCAAUAUCAUCCAAAAUUAAGGGCCAGUACCCAAAGAUAAAUAAUAGGAAAUUCAAGAACAAUCUAAUGAAUCCGAUGAAAGUCUUUCUGAUUUGCAAGAUGACGAAGUAUCCAUAGAGUCUAAGAAUGGGAUUUCCUAUAGAGUGGAACAAAUGCUAAAAAUAAAACCAUACUUUUUUGAUUAUGUUAAUGAAACCUAAAAGAAGUAUGAAGGAUCAAACUCUUAGCCAUCCCAACAACUUACAUUUGGAGGAUUAGGAUAAGGCAGAUCAUCCAUUUAUUCUUCACUUUGCUUCACCAGUGGAACCAUGCAACCCAAUGAUUUACUGGAUUGUUUUGAAAAAAUGGAAAAAAUAAAACAACAAAAAAACAAAUCCAAUUGUGGAUGUACAAAGAUAUUGAUUUGCGAGAGUGUCGAUCUUGAUCUUUAUGCUUUAUCACAUUAAUUGACUAAUAUUGGAAUUACAUAUGAGUAUAUUACUCAGAAAUCUCAAAUAGUGAGCACUCUUGUUAAAUUAUUAAAUAGUGAUUUGUAAUAGUAGUAAAAUAGUAAUUAAUAAAAGUAGAAUAUUGAUAAUCAAUAAUUAAAGAUCACAAAUGAUAAUUAAUAGCUGAAGAACAAUGAAAAUUAACCUUGUUGUAAAGGAUUAUAACUAAUAUUCCUUGCUAUUGAAUAAUAAGAGGAGGAACUAUUUGCUUUGUUUAAUUCAAUAAAAGAUGUCUAUGCAGAGUUCAAAGCGGAACCCAGAAUUAUCGGAUUGAUUGGUUGUAUGGAUGAAGAAAAUCGAGCUCAAUUAAGAAAGCUUCCCUUCCAUGAUUAUUUGUCAAAACCCAUUAUGAUCGAUGCCCUACUCUUUAUCUUGGCUAAAUGGAUUAAAAUGAAUUGA